AAAACAAACUGUCACAACAAUCACACUGAUAUAAUUACUGCUGUCAAUUUUUUGCCUUUUUAAAACACUCACACAUCCCUAGACUUCUUAACUAUUUGCACCUUUCUGUUUUAGAGAAAAUUCUCAAAGAAUUAUUCUUCUUAUUCAUGGCGGCUACUACUACUACUACUAUCAUCAAGUUACUUGCCUUUGUCUUUGUGGUAAUUAUCUUACUUGACAAUUCACAUGCUGUGAGUUCUACUACUACUGAGCCAACAAUCUCAGCUUCUCCAGGUGUUUUACCUUAUGUGACUUCUCCAGAUAUUUCUUCAUUUUUCCCUACUCCAAUGAGUUCCUCUGAAGCUCCUUAUGAGGCUGAGGCAUCUGCACCAGCACCGGCACCAAGUUCAGGAGAAAAGUCCUCUAGUUCAACUAGAUUGGAUUGUGUAGCUGCAAUUGUUGGUAUUAUGCUCUUUAGUGUGUUCCUUAGUUUUAUAGCUUAGGUAUUUUGAUUGGUUUCAUUUGUCUUAAGAAGGUCGAGGUUGUCAUUUUCACUCACUUGUGUUAAAUGCUAUUGUAAUCUCUUUAUUUUAAUUUAUGUUUAGUCAAUUUCUUUGUUGGUUUGCUACAU